AUGUCUAACACAUUUGAUGCCAUUAUCGUUGGCUGCGGUUUUGGGGGUGUUUAUAAUCUCUUUAAACUCAAGCAACUCGGCCUCUCUGUAAAGGCCUUCGAUAAGGCUCCAGAGGUUGGUGGCACAUGGUACUGGAAUCAGUAUCCCGGUGCUACCACUGAUACUACCAGUGAAAUAUAUAGGUACAGGGCUGACGAAGAGCUGCUAAAUACAUACCCAUGGUCAACACGCUACCUAACUCAGAAAGAGAACCUACAGUACCUAAAACAUUUUAUCGAGAGUCAUGACUUAGGGCAGCACAUUCAGUUAAGUGCUGAGCUAAAAGCAGCCUCCUUUGAUGCUGCUACAUCUACAUGGACUGUUACAUUUAACUCUACUGGCGAGACUUAUAAGACCACGUACCUUAUAUUGGCUACUGGGCAUUUACAUACGCCUAAUUAUCCCCAAAUACAAGGCCUUGAGAAAUUUGCUGGGCCUGUUUACCACACAGGUGACUGGCCUGAGUAUCGUGAUCUCAAGGGCAAGAAAGUUGGUGUUAUAGGCACAGGAUCAUCUGGAGCUCAGCUCUUGGUCAAUAUCGCAGACGAAGUUUCACAUCUAGUUUCAUUCCAGCGGUCGUCACAGCAUGUGGUGCCUCACAAUAAUGGACCCAUCUCAGCUGAGGAAAGAGAACGGGUCAAUCAAAACUGGGAUAAGAUCUGGGAGACAGUCGACAAUCAUCCUAUUGGACAGAACAUAGUAUUCAAGAGUACUCCGACUAUGAGUGUCAGCGCAGAGGAGCGCGAGCGUAUCUGGGAGGAACUCUGGAACGGAACAAAUGGCGUCGCAUUUAUGUAUGGACCUUUCGGGGACAUUGUUACAAACGAAGAGGCCAACCGAGAGCUGUGCAAAUUUUUCGAGAAGAAAAUUGCCCAGUAUAUCUCUGACCCUGAUAAGCGUAAGAAGCUAACGCCUACUGAACUCUAUGUCAAGCGCCCUGUCACUAUGUCUGGAUAUUAUGAGACUUUUGCCAAGAAGCAUGUUGACAUUGUUAAUUAUCAAUAUACACCCCUCGUUGAAGUUAAUGAAAGGGGUAUCUUAACCACUGAGAAGCAGUGGGAUCUGGACGUCAUCAUUCUGGCAACUGGUUAUGAAGCUAUGGACGGCAGCCUUAAACGAAUCAACCCAACUGGCACGCACGGUACUCUGAAGGAGACCUGGGCUAACGGCUCAACUUCUUACCUCGGGCUUAGCGAAGUCGGAUUCCCCAACAUGUUCUUCUCCAUCGGUCCUCAGUCACCAAUUGCCAAUAUCCCUCCUGUGAUUGAGGCUCAGGGCAACUUCAUCGCGGGACUAAUUGCGAAGGCAGAAGCCAAGAAGAAAGACAACGGCGACAACAAGACUAUCCUUAUCGAGGCCGAAGAACAAGCCAAGAAAGACUGGCUGAAGAAAUGCCUCGAGAUAGAAGACGGCAGUUUGAUUAAAACUGUCAAGUCUUUCAUCACCGGUGACUUUGUUGAAGGAUCAAAUGUGCCUGUUCAUUCUUGGCUUGGUGGCUUCCACACCUACCAACGCUUCAUUAAAGAUAUAUCAGAUACCGGAUAUGUGGGGUUCAAGCUUUCAAAUUAG